AUGGAUAAUCCGAUACUCACUCCCAUUCAUGUUUUAAAAGCCCGACAAUUGCAAGCAGUUAAUUUGAUUUGUUUGUUGUUGACUUUUAUUAUACAACGUAGACCGACCAACACAAAGCUUGUUAAGUUACCCACAAGAAAAGUUAUUUUAGAACGAAUAGUUGUACGGGAAGAGUUGAUGUGCAAUCUUUUAAAUGGUGGUCAAUGUCGAGACCUUAUACGAAUGAGUGAAAAUGCUUUUAUGAGAUUGUGUGACAUCUUAAAAGGUGAAGGUGGUCUUCGACCUAUGCAACGCAUGUCCAUUGAUGAACAUGUUGCAAGAUUUUUCCAUAUUGUAGGUUUGGAGGGUAUUGCAUCACACUCGAGAAUAAUAAAGAACGUAUUUACUAGAGAAGAUAAACUACUAAUUCCAUCAGGUAGAUAUUGUUUGGUAGAUGCGGGUUUGCCUCAUACGAGUAAACUAAUGGCGCCAUAUAGAGGUGUUAGAUAUCAUUUAAAAGAGUACUCCAUGCGUGCUCCUCAUAAUUCAAAAGAGUUGUUUAAUCUUUGUCAUGUUUCCUUACAUAACACCAUUGAACGAGCAUUUGGUGUCCUCAAAAGAAUGUUUCCUAUCAUUCAAAGUACAACAGAACCAUUUUACUCUUGUGAAACACAAUCUGCCAUAUUUUUUGCAUGUUGUAUCCUACACAACUUUCUACUAGAUGAAGACCGCGACAUAAAUCUUGAAGAUGAGGUUAUGCAGGAGAUCUUAAAUGGACCACAAGAUCAAGAGCAUCGUAAUUCAACAGAAAUAGAUGAGGGUAGUAGUAUAGCUGAGCAACUAACGAAUUCAAUUGCAAAUGAAACGUGGGUCAAUUAUUUGACACAUUCAAACAAUUAA